AUGUCUGACGCAGGCACGCCAGAUGCCGUUUCUGGCACUGCUGUCGACCGCAAGGAACAGCAGGCACAAGACCUUGCUCGCGCAAAGCAGGCUGGCUGGGCUGAUCCGAUUCCCUUCGAGUACCAAGGUGACGCCAAUGGCAAGCCCGCUCAAGAGGAAGGCCGUGAGACUGCCACCUGGCUGUCUGAUGCCGCCAUCUAUCAGUGGGACGACGACUUUGGCGAUGUUGGUGAGCCCAACCCUGAGCUUGAGAAGAUGCUCUUCCAUGAUGAGUACCUGCAGCGCGCCGGUGGUGCUAUCAAUGCUCUCUCGUACAACGUCACCCUCCAGGGCCCUACCAAGAUCAAUCCUGUCCGCGACUUCGAAGAUGCCGGUCUGCAUCCAGUCAUGCUUGAGAACGUCAAGUUGUGCCAGUACAUCGCCCCGACUCCCAUCCAGUCGUAUUGCAUCCCUUCCAUAUUGACUGGUAACGAUGUGGUCGCCAUUGCACAGACUGGGUCUGGCAAGACGGCCGCAUUCCUCGUCCCCAUCUUGUCGAAGCUCAUGGGCAAGGCCCGUCAGCUGGCUGCUCCGCGACCCAAUCCUGCCCGCUACAACCCUCUGACAGAUAGAGUUCGCGCCGAACCGCUGGUCCUGGUUGUCUGUCCUACCCGCGAGCUUGCCUCUCAGAUCUUCGACGAAGCGCGCCGCCUGUGCUAUCGCACAAUGUUGCGUCCUUGUGUCGUUUACGGAGGCGCCCCUACAAAGAAUCAGCGCGAGCAACUUGAGAUGGGCUGUGACAUUCUCGUUGCGACUCCGGGUCGCCUCAUGGACUUUAUGCAGAACAACAAGCUACUCUCAUUCCACCGCCUCAAGUUCACAGUCAUCGAUGAAGCUGAUGAGCUGCUCUCGACAGGCUGGGAGGAGUUCAUGGAGAAGCUGUUCUCGGGUGCUGACAUGAACGCCGAUGCUGACCAUACCAUCGUCAUGCUGUCUGCUACAUUCUCCAAGGCCGCUCGUAGACUGGCCAAGGAGUACAUGGAUGAAGACUGUGUUCGAAUCAAGGUAGGACGAGUCGGCAGCACCCAUGGCAACAUCAAGCAGCAGAUAGUUUGGGUCGAUGAGAAUAUGAAGAACCAGGCGCUAUUCGACUUGAUCUUCUCCGAGGGACCCCAGCGAUCGCUGGUCUUCACCAACUCCAAGGUCAAGUGUGACAUGGUCGACGACUUCCUGUACAACAAGGGUUUGCCCGUCACCUCGCUUCAUUCUGACCGUACUCAGCGUGAGCGUGAGGAUGCUCUCCGCUCCUUCCGAAUGGGCCGCUGCCCUAUUCUGGUGGCCACUGGUGUCACUGCUCGUGGUCUCGAUGUCGCCAACGUCAAGCAUGUCAUCAACUACGAUCUGCCGUCGACUCUCCACGGUGGUAUUACCGAGUACGUUCAUCGCAUCGGCCGUACCGCACGUAUCGGAAACCAGGGAAAGGCGACUUCUUUCUUCAAUGACCGCAACGAUGAUCUCGGCAAGGACCUUUGCAAGACACUGAUCGAGGCGAAGCAGGAGGUGCCUGAUUUCCUUCAGCACCACAUGCCCGAAGACCCCACAGCUAUCGAUUGGCAUGACGGCACCGAUGAAGAGUCGGACGACGGCCUUGGUGGCAGCUUUGGUGGAGAGGCAGGUGGAGAUGCUGGCGGUUUUGAUGCUAACGCCACCUUUGGAGGUGAGGCGGCUGGCGGUGCUGGCUUUGGCGGUGGUGAGGGCUUCUCUGCCGAUGCCGAGGACAAGCUUGCUACCUGCUACUGGCACUCAAUUGCAUACUUCUUCCGCCUCCCGUUCCACAUCCAGUGGCGAACGGCCCUGGUGCAGCUCCCGCGAUUCGUGCCGCUGUCCAUCCUCCACUACACGUCGCCCAAGGGACCGCAUCCCUUCCUGAUCUCGCUGCCCAGCCGCAAGGACACCCUCAUCUACGUGUACACGUUUGUGCCGCCCGCGCCUGUGGAUUUGGAGAGCGACGGCGAUGACGAGCAGCAGCGCAAAGAGACGGGCGAAUGGCACGUACCCGUGGUCCUAGACUUACAUGGCGGCGGCUUCAUUAUGGGAUCGCCGCUGGAGCAGGCGCCGUAUGCGUCCAUGAUGUCUCGUGAGCUUGGCGCGGUGGUGCUGAGCGUAUCGUACCGCAUAGGUCCUUUCAACCAGUUCCCCGCGGCGAUACACGAUGCAGAGGACGUGCUUGCGGCGAUUCUGGACACGAAUGGAGGGUCAAAGGCAGGCAAGGUCUUGCGCGAAGAGAUACAGCGGUACUACUCCAUGGUGCGGUCGAAUGCGCUGGAGAAGAAAAAAAAGAAGCCUGUUCCUCGACACAUGGAGUACGUCAACGAUAUCACGCUCGAUCCAACACGGCUGGCGAUAUCAGGCUUCUCGGCAGGAGGCAAUAUUGCACUCAACAUGGCCCUGUCAGUGCCGCCUUGCCCGGAGCUUGGCAUGGCGACCAGCUUUGGCCCUCACUCGCGCACACGAGGGCCUGCGCCCGUCGAUACCAUGUCGCCGGUGAUGCCAGAAAAUCGCCGUGCUACGAUAUUGGAUGACCCGUUUCAGUGCUGGCCCUCACUCCUGCCGCCGCCUUCAGCCCAACCACGGAUGAUACCACUGCUGCUUUUCUAUCCGUCCCUAGAUGCGCGAUUGCUGCCGCACGAACGGCCAAUGAAGCCGAUGCCCAAGGCGCUCAAGCCAGACGACCAUCACAUGGAGAAGCCGAGACGGCCAGGACUGUUUUCAAUCAUGGGGCCUACGUACCUACCGAAAAAACUGCGGGCACAUCCGCGAGCGAGUCCCGGGCUCAACAAUCCGGAUAACAUCCAGAAGAAUGCAGCGAUUUUUCUGGUACUGCCUGAAAAAGACACGCUGGCAGUGCAGAGCGACGUUUGGGUGGACAAGAUGAAUAAUAGUGGGUGGAAAGGCCCAGUGCGUUUCGGCGACGGGCGAGAGGGGGAUUGGAACGGACAAGCGGGGAGCCAAGGCGGCGGCGGCGCCAUGUGCAAAGGGUCGGAUGCCAAGAAUGGCGGACUCGAGGUCUGGCACGCACCGGGUUGCAGACACGGAUGGACACAGUUUCCGGAUACGUUUGUACCGCAGCACGAGCGGAGGGAGCGCGAGGCUGUGUUUGCACGCACGUUGGAGUUUGUUAGAGAAAACUGGAGCAAGGAGUUUGAUGUUUCGGGGGUGCCGGGUGGGAUGAAUGGGAUGAAUGGGAGGGGGUAUGAGGGGUAUGAGGGUGAUGGAGAGGGAGAGGGAGUGGGAGAGAAGAAGAUGAAGUUGUUGAGGAUACCGAGUCGAUUUGAGGGUUUGCAGGAGUAGGUGUAGUGGUGUGAUGUGG